CCUCCAGCUAAUCACACAGCUCCAAUCCAAGCCACAACCAAUCCAAGCAAAAUGUUCGCCAAGAUUAUGCUCGUUGCUCUCUGCGUGGCCACCGCCCAGGCUGGUCUGCUGCCCUUCCACGCCGGCCCUGUGCCACUGGCGGCUCCUGUGGCGGCACCUGUGGCCACUGCUGCUGUGGUGGCUCCCUACGCCUCCAGCUUCAACGCCCAUCGCAUCAACCACGCCGUGGCCUACCCCGUGGCUCCUGCUCCGGCUCCAGUUGCCUUUGCUGCUCCUGCUCCGGCUCCAGUUGCCUUUGCCGGUCCAGCUCCUGCUUCAGUUGCCUUUGCCGGUCCUGCGCCUGCUUUCGCUGGCUUCGCUGCUCCUGGAUUCCCCGCACCAGCGCCCGUGGCAUUUGCUGCUCCCGCCAAGUUCGGCUUUGGCCCCUUCGCGGCCCCUUUCGGGGCUCCAGUGCCCGCUCCUCUGGCCGUUGGACCCAAGUUCGCCGCCCCCUCUCCCUACUUCUUCUAAGGACUCAGUCCCAGUAGCAGAACCAUCCAUCCGCCAUCCGUCCUAUUAGCAUGUAGAACUUAGCCCGAAUUCCACCCAUAUAAACAUAGACAGAG